CUUAACUAGCUUCAACAUUGAAAUAGUGAAAUGACAAAAGACUUGAUUUUUGUCUUUCUAAUUUGUAUUUCUCUCUUUGCACUUGAAGCUAACGCGCAAAUUGAUCAAUCAGGAUUCAUAAGCAUAGAUUGUGGAAUUUCUCAAGGUUCUAACUACACCGAUCCAACUACCGGGCUACAAUAUGUUUCCGAUUCAGGGUUCAUCGAUACAGGUAGUAAUGCUACUAUCUCGAGUGAGUUUCAGGCCAAUGGUCUGGAACAACAGUUGUACACCCUCACAAGUUUUCCUCAAGGAAGAAGAAAUUGCUACACCAUAAGAGUUCCAGAAGGAAAAGGAAAAAAAUACUUGAUCAGAGCAAGUUUUUUGUACGGAAACUAUGACAGGAAAAGUCAACUACUAAUUAAUUUUGAUCUACAUCUCGGAAUUGACUUUUGGGUCACGAUUCAAAUAGUCAACGCUUCAACACCAUUAUUUAAAGAGAUCAUACACAUUCUCUCGUCGGAUUUUAUACAGCUUUGUCUAGUAAAUACAGGUCGAGGAACACCAUUUAUAUCCGCACUUGAAUUGAGACUCUUCAACACAAGCAUGUAUGUGACCGCAUCCGGGUCACUAGAAACUGUCAUGCGCCUUGAUCUUGGCUCAAAAGCCACUCAAUUUGUAAGAUACCAAAAUGACAUAUAUGAUCGUUUAUGGAGGCCAUGUAAUGAUGUGGAAAACACAAUAUCAUUGAGUACGACUUCAACUAUUGAUAACACCAGCAGUUUUCUACCGCCAUCAAAAGUUCUGAGCACGGCUAUAGCAGCUGAUAAGGACAAUAAUGGAAUAUCAUUUUCGUGGGAACCUGCAAAUUCGACAGACGAGUACUAUAUAUACCUGCACUUUGCGGAGAUUGAAGCCAACCAUGUGAAUAGGCAAUUCGACAUAUAUGUUGAUGGAGACUUGUUUGAGUCAGCAUUCGCUCCGUCCUAUAUGUCCGUAACCACAAUUUCUUCAAAAUCACCUCUAACGCCAAGAUCCAAUCACCAAAUUACCCUCAACAAAACGGGAAAUUCAAUUCGUCAACCCUCCAUCAAUGCCAUGGAGAUGUAUAAAGUGGUCAAACAAAUCAUAACCUCUCAAACGAAUGACCUAGAUGUUGAGGCUAUUAUGCAUGUCAAAUCGACGUAUGGGGUUAAGAAGAACUGGCAAGGAGAUCCAUGCGGCCCUGAAGCUGACAUUUGGAAUGGUGUCACAUGCAAUUUUAAUGAGCAUCCCCCCACGAUUACAUCCUUAAACUUAUCUUCAAGUGAAUUACAAGGGACAAUAUCGCCUUAUAUUACAAGUCUCUCAAAUCUAAAAACGUUGGACUUGUCAAACAAUCAGCUGACGGGGGAGGUGCCUGCCAAUCUCUCUCAACUAGCCUUCUUACGAGAGCUGUAAUUUACUCUCCUAUAGCUAAUGACCACCUCCUUUACAAUUACUACUUCCGUCUCAAUUUAUGUGACACAAUUAUACUUGAAAGGAAAUAGUUUCUCUGGUAAAAUACCCGAUAUAUUGAUGGAGAAAUCAAGAAAUGGAUCUCUCUUGUUGAGUUAUGAUGAACCUCCUCCGAAAAAUAAUAGGAGUAAUAAUCUUAGUGUUGGUGCACUAGCAUCAAUUGUUGCAUCCGCGGUGGUCUUGGGCAUCUUGUCUUUACUACUACUUCUUUGGUUUAUUCGAAGGAAGAAAAACCAACAAAGAAGGAUCGGUGAGAUAGAAAGAACACAGAGUCCAAACAUUGCAUUGGAGUUGAAAAACCGGCAGUUCACAUACUCAGAGGUGUUGCACAUGACAAUUAACUUCAAGAAAGUCCUUGGAAAAGGAGGUUUUGGGACAGUUUAUCUUGGCUAUGUCGAUAACCGUGACGUGGCUGUUAAGAUGCUAUCCCCGACUUCGGUUCAAGGGUUCAAGGAAUUCCGGGCUGAGGCUAGUCUCCUGAUGAGCAUUCAUCACAAGAACUUGAUUUCUAUAGUUGGUUAUUGUGUUGAGGGCACCCACAUUGGUAUCAUUUACGAAUACAUGUCCAAUCGAAGCUUAGACAUGCAACUAUCAGAUAGAAAUCCAAGUGCUUUAACAUGGGAGGAAAGACUUCAAAUAGCUUUGGAUGCGGCACAAGGAUUGGAGUAUUUACAUCAUGGUUGCCUGCCACCAAUAAUACAUAGAGAUAUCAAGUCUAGCAAUAUUCUAUUAGAUGAUAAAUUCCAAGCAAAGCUUGCUGAUUUUGGUUUGUCAAGGAUUUUGCCAACUGGAGAGGGAAGUCAUGUCACCACCAUAAUCGCGGGUAGUCCAGGCUAUCUUGACCCCGAGUACUACAGGACAAAUAAGCUAACGGAAAAGAGUGAUGUAUACAGUUUCGGUGUUGUUCUUUUGGAAAUAAUAACAGGGCGGCAUUUACUAGGAAAACAUGACAAGAUAUAUGUAAUAACGUGGGUGAAUGGCAUGAUGAAUGAGAAAGGAGAUGUUUCAAACGUAAUCGAUCCAAGAUUACGAGAAGUUGAUAUGAAUUCAGCAAGGAGAGUUGUGGAAUUGGCAAUGGCUUGUGUUUCUCUCGAUCCAACAAGUAGACCAGCUAUGUCUGUCGUUGUCUCGAUAAUAAAGCAAUGUUUAAGAGAGAUGACUGUUUAUGACUCGAAUUGA